ACCCCUGAAUCUAAUCUUGAUCUACAUCUGAUCAAUUUCAAUUUCACAUGGACCAUCACCCGAUCUCAGACCUAUAGGGAACACCUGUUCUCGAUAAUUAGGUGGUGCUGAGUCUCAGCUGUUCAGAGGAAUUUUCCACCUCCCGUUCAUCACCACGUCCGAGCUUUACACGAACAAAAGCCAAAGCACCUAAAUAUAUUGAUGUGAUCCAGCAAAUGAAAGCUAGCAGCCAGAUCUUCACGCCUUCCGAGCCGCAAAUCUUGUGAAGAUGACAAUGCUCGAUUUCGCUACCUGGACAAUCCGAGCAUUCUACACCUUUAGCAGCAUUACGAUCAUCGUUGUUCGAUUUACUCCGGCGCUCAGAGACCGUUUCCUGCCAUAUGGCGCGCGAGACGUGACUGCUCACAGGGCAGGUCAAUUCGCAAAGCAGCCGGCGUGGUCGGUCCAGGUACUUGACUAUGCCGCGACUUGGAAAGUCCCACAUUCAUGGUUCAUCCAUUUCUACAUUGUCUCUGUCACCGCCUCGACGAUGGGAUUGUGCUUCUUCUAUCCUAGCAACUCGAUCGAUCGGCCCGACACCACCACAAUAUGCGGCACCUUGAUGCUUGUCCAAGGCAUUCGAAGACUCCUGGAGUGCUUCUUCCUGACCAAACCAAGUCAGUCACGCAUGUGGAUAGGUCACUACGCCAUUGGGGUAGCGUUCUAUAUCGCAACCAAUAUCGCCAUAUGGACUGCAAGACCGGACGAAAGAGAACUGGACUUCAAUCGUGUGUCUGGACGCAAAGUCCUUGCUGGAGGCUUAUGGACGUUCAACGUCUUAGCUUACGUCUUUUUGUUCUUCUACGCUUCGUGGAUGCAGAAUCUAUUCCAUCGACACCUUGCCGGACUGCGAAAGUACACGUUGCCAGACAUUGGGAUGUUUCGGACUAUAAUAGCACCUCAUUAUACGGCAGAAUGUGCCAUCUAUCUGUCCCUCGCAUUCUGUCGAGACGCACACCAAGGCGGAUUGGUCGACUUGACGCUUUUCUGCGCCCUGAUAUUCGUUGUGGUAAAUCUGGGUGUCACAGCAGACGGGACCAGAGAGUGGAUGUUAGCAAAGUUUCCCGAAAAGAACAGCGAGAUCGAGCGACGAUGGACAAUGCUUCCACCAGUCUGGUAACGGGCGUCGAUUUUUGCUCUACUGGACCACUGCAGUCUAUUCAUAUUGACCUGGGACCCUCCUGCAGCUCGCUAGGUGUGUUCAUGGCACGGGCUGCAGAGUCUUCGGCUGCCCUUUCUAGACACCAGUUGUGGUGCAA